UGCGUGAGUCUUUCCCUCGCUAGCUCCGGGAAGCGAGUUCCGCGUUACUGUCCCUUUAAGUCUGGACGGGCGCGUGCGUAGAGUGCCCUGCGCGUGCGUAUCGGGGCCGUGACCUCGCGCCCAGUCGGCGCCGCUCGUGACUGUUUGGAUUUUUUUUAUGGGGGGGGCGGGAGAAUAACAGCUCAGCGUUCGAGCCCCUUCUUGAGUCAGUGGCGCGAGUGUUGCCAUAGCGACCUUCUCCUUGGCGGCCUGGGGCCGGGACAAGCCGCCGCCGGAGCCAUGGAGGAGACGGAAGGAGCAGGGGCCGCCGAGGGCCCCGGGGCGGCGGUGACCGAGAUCCGAGUGCCGGGCCCGCGAGCGCUGCGGUUGCUGGAGUGGAAGGUGUCAGCGGGAGCGGCGGUGAAGAUCGGGUCGCUGCUGGCGUUGUGCGCGCCCCUCCCGCCGCCCGGCCGCGCCGCCACCCCCCCGGCCCAGGGCCCCGCCGCCCGGCCCCCGCGAGCGGCCGCCGAGCGCCGAGUGAAGGCGGAGCGGCCCGGCGUGGUGCGCGAGCUCUGCGCGCGGCCCGGACAGGUCAUCGCGCCCGGAGGCAUUUUGGUGAGACUGGAAGGAUGUAGCCAUCCUGUUGUUAUGAAAGGUUUGUGCGCAGAAUGUGGCCAGGACUUGACUCAGCUACAAAGCAAGAAUGGAAAACAGAAUGUGCCAUUAUCCACAGCAACUGUAUCAAUGGUUCAUAGUGUUCCAGAAUUGAUGGUUAGCUCUGAGCAAGCUGAACAACUAGGGCGGGAAGACCAGCAGCGACUACACCGAAACCGAAAGCUGGUGCUGAUGGUAGAUUUGGACCAGACGUUAAUCCAUACAACAGAACAGCACUGCCAACAAAUGUCUAAUAAAGGAAUAUUCCAUUUCCAGUUAGGUCGAGGUGAACCUAUGCUGCAUACUCGUUUGCGUCCUCAUUGCAAGGAAUUCCUAGAAAAGAUUGCCAAGCUGUAUGAAUUACAUGUUUUUACCUUUGGUAGCAGACUUUAUGCACAUACAAUUGCAGGAUUUUUGGACCCUGAAAAGAAACUUUUUUCUCAUCGGAUAUUGUCAAGAGAUGAAUGUAUUGAUCCAUUUUCUAAAACGGGGAAUCUUAGAAAUCUCUUCCCAUGUGGUGACUCCAUGGUUUGCAUUAUUGAUGACCGAGAAGAUGUUUGGAAGUUUGCACCCAAUUUGAUAACUGUAAAGAAAUAUGUAUAUUUUCAGGGUAUAGGCGAUAUUAAUGCACCACCUGGAUCAAGGGAAACUCAGAUGAAAAAGAAGGUAAAUCAUUCUUCAAAAACAACUGAAGCAUCUGAUCCUACAGUGGUAACAGCAAAAGAUUCUGAAGAAUCAAAGAAUGUUACGUGUGUGGAAGAACAAAGUAAUGGUCUUAGGAAAUCUACAAAAGAGAUAUGUACUACAAAUGGUAGUAACUUUAUGAGCAGCGAAACUUCUAACUUGGGGUUGAAUUCCAAUGACAAAUUAAAUGUUAGAGACUCCUUAAGUGAUACCAUUGAUCACAAAACAAAUGCUGCCGUCAUUAAUGAUUCAACAAGUGUUAAGGAGUCUCAGAUUUCUUCAGAACAAGAUGAUAGGACAGUUACAGAGAAGCAGCAGACCCAAGACAAGACAACAAAUAACUUGGACUUUGAACUGUCUAGUGACAGUGAAAGUGAUGGUGGUUUAGAUGCUAAGAAGUCGUCGUCCUCUUCUGCCUCAGAUAGUGAAAGUGAGGGAAAGAGAAGCUGGAAAAAAUCAAAGCAGCCUGUACAAGAUGAAAAUUUGCAGCAAGAAUGUUGCACUGAUAUGAGUGGGGGAAAGGAUGGUCAAGUGAACCAUUCUGGGGAGGUGACAGCUCCACCUAGUGUAUAUCCUCAUGGCAAGAGAGUUGAUCUUGAAAUGCAAGAAGAAAGCGAACAGGACAGCCUUUGUGAUCUGGGAAAUGGGUGUGCAGAUAAGAAAGAAGCAGAGACAGAGUCCCAGAAUAGUGAGCAGUCUGGGAUUACAAUGGGUGAGUCUUUAGAUCAGAGCAUGGAAGAAGAGGAAGAAGACGACACAGAUGAAGAUGACCAUUUAAUAUACCUCGAAGAGAUCCUUGUUCGGGUGCACACUGAUUAUUAUACCAAGUAUGAUAAAUUCCUGAAAAAGGAGAUCAAUGAAAUUCCAGACAUAAGAAAAAUAGUACCAGAAUUGAAAAGCAAGGUAUUGGCAGAUGUUACCAUAAUAUUUAGUGGACUCUAUCCAACAAAUUUCCCCAUAGAAAGAACCCGGGAGCAUUAUCAUGCUACAGCACUUGGAGCUAAAAUUAUAAGGAACCUAGUACUGAAUGCUGAUGAUCCCAACAAGGCAACCCAUCUGAUUGCAGCAAGGGGAGGCACAGAAAAAGUACGGCAAGCUCUGGACUGUAAACACCUCCAUGUUGUAAACCCUGACUGGCUGUGGAGCUGCUUGGAGCGUUGGGACAAGGUAGAGGAGCAGCUCUUUCCCUUAAAGGAUGACUACAUCAAAACACAAAGAGAGAACAGUCCUGCCACAUUUCCUGAUACACACAGUGUGUUCCAGACUGCUCUGUUUCACCCGACGCCUAUCCAUCCAAAGUUUCGGCCGGGUCCUGAAGUUCGGCUUUAUGAUCCCAACACUGGAAAGCUAAUCAGGAAGGGCUCUCAGUCUUCUGUCCAGUCUCCGUAUAUCCAGUCUCCAGCUCCUCCCCUCACUUUACCGGUCCACGCGGAGCACUCAUCCUUCAGAGUUGUUCAACCACAUCAGCAGCAGCUGUUUGAUGAAGAGGAGUUACCAGCAAAUGAGAAUGAAGAACAACCUGGUCCAUCCAAACGGAAACGCCAGCCAAGUAUGUCCGAGACAAUGCCACUGUACACACUAUGUAAAGAGGAUUUAGAGAGUAUGGAUAAAGAGGUUGAUGACAUCUUAGGAGAAGGCAGUGAUGAUAGUGACAGUGAGAAGGAGAAGAAGAAGACAGAAGAGGAAGGAGAGAAACCACAGAGUAGUGCAACAGAAUCGCUAGGAAUGAAAAUAGAAGAGAGGCCUGGAUCAUCAUCCUCAUCAAGUGAAAGGAGCUUAACAGGCAGUGUACCCAGGACAUCUAGUGUCUUUUGUAAAGUUGCACCAAUGAGAAAAAAAGAGAGACAAAGGUACAUAAGAGAUGUCAUAGGCACUGUUUCUCAAAACUGAAUUAAACUGAAGUGAUGUUGGAGAAAUGCAGAGAAGGACAUCAGCUUUAUAUUUGUCAUGUUUAUCUAUUUUUAGUUAUUCAUUUGAGCUAAGGAAGUUCAUUGUCACUUUACAGAUAUAGUAUCCUCUCUCCUAAUUAUAGAGGUGGUGCUGAGCAUGUAAUACUAAAUAAUUGAGUGUCCAACCUUGCACAAUUGCUUAAUGAAACAAACCAUGUGUUUCUGCAUGAAUGGAAUGAGUUUUUAAAAAAAACCUGUUCCCCAGAAUAAGUUGAUUUCUAAGCAGUUCAAUUGAACUAAAUAUGCACACUUUGUAAAAUCAUUAGUUCCUAUUAAGGAGAGCAACAGUGAAUUAAAUUUAGGACCUAUGGAAUUAGGGCUUAAAUUAACCUAGCAGGACUUCCACAAAAAUCUGCAUCAGCUGGAAAGCACAAUGAGUGCGUUCAAAAAAUCAGUUACCAUUUUCUGCCUCUUAGAACUUCGAACAAAGGGGAUGUUUCUUUCUUCUGACACAAAUUCUAGUUACUCUGUUUAAAACAUGUCUUUAAAAAUGUUGUGUUGAAAGGUAAAUAUGUUUUGUCAUAGAGUGAAAAUUUGUCCAAAUUUAUUUUGGAAAUUAUAUUUCUAAACAUCUAUAAACAUGUUGAUGCAUGGGAAAGUGCCAGGAGUUAUUUUUAAAGAGGUGUAUUUUUUAGGAGCAUAAAUGUUUUGAUGAUGAUGCUGUGUUCCAUAGUCUUGUAGUUUGUGUUAUAUGCACAUACUGCUCAGAGGAAAAAAACCAGCCUAUUUGCCUGCCUUAAAUUAGAUGUUUGAGGAGCAUCGGCUUCAUGGAGACAAGUUACAUUGUAGUAAUAAUAAAAAUGUCAGUAGGACCAGCCAAAAAAGGCCACUACAUCAUAAUUAUAUAGCAGGUCCUUGAUUUUUUAAUACAGUUUUUCAGGAAGAAUGCUCUAGCCCCAAGUAAAAAUUAAACUGCCACAUCUUGAUGAAAAUUAUUUUCUCCCUUAAUUUGCUCCUACAUCACAUCUGAUUGAGCUACUCUUCCUUAUGGGGAUUUUAGAGAGAGAAACCUCAUCUGGUUUCCUGUAAGCCUUCAAAUCCGAUUUCUGUGUUUUUUGUCACUUGUCAGUUUCAAGAAAAGGAGGCAUUCUAUUCAGUUUCUCCUUUCUUCCUGUGUUUUCAAUUUUCAUCUAUAUAGCCAUGCUAUAGUAAUGUUUUAUUCUGUCUCUCCAACAUACACAGAUCAAAAAUAUUCCCAUUGGAAUAAAUACAUAGGCUUAAUUUAUCUAUCCACAUAGGAACGAAGCAAAAAAAAUGUUUGCUCUUACAAGUUUAAGGUGUUAUAUAUCAUAAUAUUAUGUAAACUGCUCCAGCAGAUAUUCCGAAAACUUAACUACUCAAGGAGUGUGAUCAUUAUAUUAGUCAAUAAUUGGACUGUAAUUAUUAUUUCUCAAUUAGGUUAUGCAUUUUGCCUCUGAUUUUUAGACAAAUAUAUAUGGAAAUAAUGUGUAGUAUACUACUGCUUUAGACAGUAUAAAUUGAGCUGUACAGCAUUCCAUUCAGAGCAAUUUAAAUCAUUUAUUUUAAUAACUUUUCCAUUUGUACUUCAGUUAUUUUCUAAAGAAACUUGCAUUCUCACUGAUUGAUAACAUUUAAAACUUAUUGAUUCACAACUAAAUAGAGCCUUUACACUAGAUUUGGUACAUGUUUUUGCUACCUAAGAGGGUACAUUGUAACUAUAUACAUUUAUUUAAGCAAUUAUCUAGCUUAAUUUUUUUCACUCUUAUUAAUUGUACUUUUUUAGUGUUAGAAAAUCAUGAAUGAUAUAUUGCUUAUUUACUAGAUAAUUAACUUUUUGCUCUUGAUUUGUGCUAACCUGCGUUAGGAUGGUAACUGGAAUUUUUAAACACACAGAACAGCAUAUAAGAUUUAUAUUUAACAAACAAAAUAACCUUAAAUGUGGUGGAUACAUAAACUUCCCUUAUCAAAACAUGUUUCACAUUUACAAAUAAAUGGUUUAUUAAAGGAACAGAGGGGUUAACUGUACUCAGUGAAUUAAACUGACUAUUGCGCGUCAGCCUGGGAAAACUUUCAAAUAUGCCUAAGUGAAAGUGACUGGAGCUUAAAUUCCUACUAGCUUAAGUUUUUUGAAAAGGAGACAAGUCUCCUAAGUUAUUUAGACUGACCUUCAGACUUCUAAAACUGGUAGAUAUUAUCCCCUCCCUCCUCAUUUUUAUUCAUAGACUGGAAGAGAGACACAAGUUUUCCUGAUUUUUUUCAGCUCCCAAUCAAUUUCUCAUCUUUGAGUGAAUUAGUUCAAAAGAAAAAAAAAAUCUUCUCUGUGCCUCCAGAAGAGACUGCUGCUCUGGAAAGCUGGUAUAGCACUUCAACAGACUCUGUUUCUAGGUGCUUAGCUAGUGCCUUCCACCAGUUCAGUGGUGUAGCUUUCUUUAAAACAUCAGCAAAUAUGUCCUGCUUGAAUGGUUCACCUCCAGCCCUGAAAUUUAUUAUGGUUGGCAUGACUGAUUGGGUAAUUAUUAGAUGCCCAUGCCAUUGCAGCAACUUCUUCAAUUAGACCUCUACCCUGGUACUUUGGGUCAAGAGUAAUAGCAAGAAAAUGAGGUGGAGUAAGUGUUUGAUCUGUUUGAAUCUUUACUGCCUAUGAUUCAACUUUGUUGUUGGGGAUUUCUUUCUUUGAUAUCUCUUGAAGUUCUUUCCAAAUUUCAGCAGCAUCAGCAAUACAGCAGCAAUCUUUCUGUGGUUUGUCCACAGGUAUGGAAAUAGGUUUCAGUAUAUUCAAUAUAUCUUCUACGUUUCUCUUUAAUACAAUGUUGACUAUUUUGGCUGUGAUAGUUCCAUCUAUUUUGUCAUGAUUUUCUUCCCAAAAGGUCAGCGGAAUAGGCCAGUUCUUAAUAAAUAGUUCAAAAUAGUCAACCACUGAAUUCCAUCUUACAUCUUCAAGGAGAAUUAGUUUGGAUCCUCCUCCCCCCUUCAGUGAAGCUGAAGCAAUGUGGCUAUUGUGGAAGUAUUUUGCAAUUUCUGGAGUUGUACUUAAGUUUUUGGCUAAAAGAUGCAUCAAAUGAGCAUUACACCCAUAUGUUAUAUGUUCCAGGUUUCCAUCGUUAUCUUCUUUUACAUUUCUUCUCAUCUUUGCCACAUUUGCAGCAUUGUCUGUAAGAAGACUAUAUGCUUGACACUUGAAUUUUUGUUCCGUUUGUCACAGUUUUACUGCUACUUCUAAGUAUUGUACUGUAUGGGCAUUUCCUGAUGUAUCACUUGUUUCUGUAAACUAGGCAACUCCAUCUUUUCUUGUCAUACAAGCACUUUGUACUUGAUCAUUGUGUACAUUGUUCCACCCAUCAAGACUCAAAUUAUCGAAUUUCCCAUCAAUGUUUUUUGCACACUGUUCAGCUUCCUUCUCAUACACUGUAUCCAGCAACCUUCCAGUAAUGUCUGCUGUGCCAGGUAGAAUGUAGCCUGGUCGUAACAAUUGAACCAGAUCCACGAAAUGUUAGUUCUGAACAAGACAAAAGGGACAAUUUUCAUAAAUAAACUGAGCAAUCUUUUCAUCAAUGGAGUCUUGAUGGAAUUUUCUAGUCCUGAUUACAAACUCAUCCAUGGUUUUAGUGGAUGAUGAAGAAAGACUUUGUUGUUGAGAUACAGGUGAUUAACUUUAGUAAGUUUAGUAUUGUUGUUGUUGAGAUACAGGUAACUAAAUUUAGUGCAGCACUGCUGAUGGCACUAGCAGAUGACUCUUAAAUUGGAGACAUUGCAGAUGAUGGACGUUCAUAACGGUUUAUGUCUAAGCUGGACCCUGAAAAACAAUGGGUUUAAAAAAAAAUCAUUUUUAUUCACUAUUACUCAGUGCACUACUUAAAAAAAAAAAAAAGACUGUAAAGGAAAUUCCUCCUUCUGUAGUUGUUGGUAACACCUUUUAAAUUAUAUAAUAUAUUUUCCCUGUAAAACUGGAUUUAGAAUAAUUAAGAAAUCAUUUAGGAUUAUCUAAAUCUAUAUAAACCCUAUCUCUAGCAAACAAAACAUAUUUAAAAGUUAAGAUUCAUAAAUGCCUAAUAAAACUUUGCAUUUGAACAGAAAAUGUUCAUCUAAGAGGUUUGAUUAUACUGAGCAGUAGAAAAUCAUUUCAGAAGUCCAGCAGUAACAG